AUGGCGCUGUCUUCGGAAGAGGCGCAACAGCGCGUUUCCCUCAUGGGAGCGCACGUAAAAGCGCUUGCGAAUUUUUUCGAGACGUUUUCGGUGCCGUCAAUGGCGUCGGAGGAGGAGGCGCAACAGCAAAUUUGGGGCGACCGCCGUUACAUGAAUCAGCUGCAAGAUAUCAAGAACUGCACAAGCCGUUUGCUGAAGGUAUACAUCGGCGACGUUCGGCAGCACUUCAUGAAGGACACCAACGAACGCCAAGUGUAUGAGGGUGUGAUGCUGAACACCUACCGUUACCUGGAGCUGAUGUAUGCUGCGGCGGAAGCGUGUCUGGAAAAUAUCGAGAAGAGCACGGGUAAGACGGACGCUUCUGUGCUGAGUCCCACACGCAAUGAUGCUGAGAAUAAUGUGAUCGACACUGUGCAAGAGUUACGCGAGCGUCGCAUGAGAAGCAGCAACUUGCCAGUCUAUCUGCACUCGAACUAUGAGAUAUGGCUGUUGCCGGGCGAGGACGAUUCGGUAAUGAAGAUGAAGAGUGUCAAUGCGGACUACAUUGGCGCUCUGACUCUGAUAGAGGUUGACGUUACGCGAGUCGGCCUUCUGAAACCACGCAUUCAAGUGGCAACUUAUGAAUGUGACAGCUGCCACGGUCACACGUACAAGGCUAUACAAGGGCCGCACUUCCUCCCGGUCACGGAUUGUGUCGAAUGCACCACGCGCAACAAUGCAAGGGGCACGCUAAAGUUCCACUCACGUCUGAGCAAGUUUAUAAAGUACCAAGAGAUCCGCGUGCAGGAGCCGCUUUAUCACCUUGCUGAUGGCGAGCUUCCUAAAUCGCUCAAGUGCGACCUCUUCGGCGAACUGACCCAAACUCUUCGCCCUGGAGACUCGGCGUUGCUGUAUGGCAUUCUGUUGCCGGUGGUGCAGAACGCCUUUAAUCCCCAUCGCUCAACGCUGUUGGCAGACAAGGUCUUUCGUGUUGUCUCGUUGGAACACAGAAAGAAGGUGUUAGAUGCCACUGCUACUUCUGACUCUGAGCUGGCUCGUCGCAUUGAGGUUUUGCGCAGCGACCCUGAUUUGUACGAACGGUUGGCCUACUCCAUCGCACCAGAGAUUUACGGUCACGACGACGUAAAGAAGGCUUUGUUGAUGCAACUGGUUGGCGGGGUAACUCGGGAGAAAUCGGAUGGAGGUGUGAUUAGGGGCGCCAUUCACAUCUUGCUGCUGGGAGACCCUGGUGUGGCGAAGAGCCAGCUGCUUAAAAAGGCUUGCCUCAUAUCUCCACGUGGAGUAUACACUACAGGAAAAGGAAGCAGUAGCACCGGUAUGACAGCUGCGAUUGUGAAGGACCCUCAAACCGGGGAAACCGCGCUUGAGGGCGGUGCACUGGUGCUGGCAGAUACAGGUCUCUGCUGCAUCGACGAGUUUGACAAAAUGGACGACUACGACCGAUCCGCUAUAUACGAAGUUAUGGAACAGCAAACCGUUUCUAUUGCGAAGGCGGGGCACUGCAGUUCUAUGCCGGCGCGUUCGGCGGUGCUGGCUGCCGCAAAUCCCGUAAAUGGCGUCUAUGAUGUGCGCCGUUCUGUCUUCCAGAACAUGAACAUGCCUGCAGCUCUGCUCACUCGUUUCGAUCUGCAAUUCCUCAUGCUGGAUCGUGUUGAUCGUGGCAAGGAUGCUCAGUUGGCGGAGCAUGUGGUGGACUUGAUGAAGGGAGUGGCACAGGAGCAGAGGCCAAAGUAUGAGGUUGUUGACAAGGAACUGAUGCGCUCUUAUAUCACCAUGGCAAAGCAAUAUGAACCGACCAUGUCCACAGAAAUUAUCGAAAAGGUCUCCGAUUGGUACGUGCAGGCCCGGCAGCAGGAGCAAGAGAGCGAACUGUACAACGACGAACGCUUCACGUACACCACACCACGUAGCAUGCUCGCUGUUCUACGUAUCUGCCAGGCCUUGGCCCGCAUCCGUUUCAGCAACGUAGUGGAGAUGAGCGAUUUCGAGGAGGCGGUACGACUGACGGGGCAGCUGCGAGCGAACCUCAUGGAAGCCAUGCAGGACCGCAUGUCUAGCAGGCGCCACACCGGUACUUCUGAGGUGAUGCACCUAAUAAGGCGUCGCCGUGACGAGUUGCGACAACAGGAAGGAUGGGAUGGAUGGAUGUUGGUGCGCGACAUAGAGCAGCAAGUUCUUGCGUCCGGUCUGAAACGCAAGGACCUUAUCGAUGCAAUUGCCAAGUACACGCGUCUUGCGGUUAUCAUCCUCGGUAGAGGCGAUUCCCAAAUCGCCUUCCCCGAAGACCUACAGAAAUAG